UCGAUAACGCCUGCGAAUCUGCAUUCGCAUUUAAGGCUACCUGCACAGUUGGCCUCGAUGGUCUCAGCUCCCCCAGAAGAGACUUUCCGAGUAGACAAUGGUGACCACUUGGAAGGACGAAGAAGUAUACAUGCACAGUAAGUCGCGGGCUUGGCUGACUGUGCUAGGCGCAUGCUGUAUGCAGUUCGCGACUGUGGGCUUCAUGAACUCUUUCGGCGUAAUGGAGGCUUUCUAUAUCCAGGAGUUCUUACCAUUGUCCUCCGCUUCUGCGAUCAGUUGGAUUGGGAGUAUUCAGUUGCUGCUCGACCUCACUUUGGGCGCUGCCUUAGGCCCUCUGCUUGAUCGAGGGUUCCAUCGGGAGGUCCUGGUUGCUGGGUCUGUCCUCUUCCUGUUUAGCCAAUUCAUGCUCUCGUUGGCGCAGCCUGGCCACUACUAUCAAGUAUUCCUAUCGCAAGGGCUUGGUAUGGGUCUCGGCAUCGGAUCCAUCUACAUACCAAGUUUCGUUGCCGUCUCUCGUCAUUUCAGACAGAGACGCGCCCUGGCUAUGGGAUGGCAUCGUACCGUCCGCAGGUUCUUUUGGCACAGUUGUGUUUUCCAUCGUUCUGAACUACUUGCUGCACUCCCAUUCAUUAAACUUCGGUGCAUCCAUUCGCAUCGUAGCAUUGUCGUGUUCCGGCUUGCUGCUGAUCGGCAACGGUUUAUUGCUCUGGAGUUAUCCUUCUGUGCUAGAGCCGAGCACAAAGAACGGCCCGCAUAGGUCGACCCCUCUCCAGGAAAGCGACAAAGCUACCACAGAUACGACCCACAAUCAUUCGA